UUGGCGGCGGCGGCGGCUGGACAGGGCUGGCCAGGGCCGCGGACGCCGGGCCCCGGGUUCCCAGCCAGGCUGCAGGCCCUGGGCCUGGGCCAGCCCGGCAGCUCUGAGCCCAGCGCUUUCCAGGUGGCGAGCUGGGGUUGCGUCCGGCCCCCUGGGACUGGGAUCAUGGGGAAUGGCAUGACCAAGGUACUUCCUGGACUCUACCUCGGAAACUUCAUUGGUUAUUCUAAAUGUUUAACUGCAUCUGAAGUGCUGCAGAGAAGCUGCCACAUGAAGCUUUCUGUGUGCAACCACCCUGUCCACAGAUUCCUAGAAGUAGAAUUGCUGGGUCAAAGGAUGCACUAGGGAUGGGCAUUUGAGAUGGAAAGAACAGUACCAGCAAGGUUGGAGCUGGCGUGUGUCUGAUGCCAAAGACCCGGAUCAGCUGGGCCGGAAUAAGAUCACACACAUCAUCUCUAUCCAUGAGUCACCCCAGACUCUGCUGCAGGACAUCACCUACCUUCGCAUCUCAGUGGCAGAUACUCCUGAGGUACCCAUCAAAAAGCACUUUAAAGAAUGCAUCAACUUCAUUCACUGUUGCCGCCUCAACGGGGGGAACUGCCUUGUGCACUGCUUUGCAGGCAUCUCUCGAAGCACUACCAUCGUGACGGCCUAUGUGAUGACGGUGACUGGGCUAGGCUGGCGGGAAGUGCUUGAAGCUAUCAAGGCCACACGGCCCAUUGCCAACCCCAACCCAGGCUUUAGGCAGCAGCUGGAAGAGUUUGGCUGGGGGAACUCCCGGAAGCUUCACCGGCAGCUGGAGGAGCGCUUCGGAGAGAGCCCGUUCCACGACGAGGAGGACCUGCGCGCGCUUCUGCCUCUCUGCAAACGCUGUCGCCAGGGUUCAGCGACCUCGUCCACGUCAGCCCCGCUGCACUCAGUGUCCUCAGAAGGGACGCUGCAGCGUCUGGUAUCACCACGGGAUACCCACCGGCCGCUGCCAUUCCUGGCACGCAUCAAGCAGACUUUCUCCUGCCUCCCCAGGUGCCUAUCCCGCAAAGGGGGGAAGUGACCGCGCCGAGCCCAGGUGUAGCUCAUCCCCGCUCCACAGCCGUUCGCGGAUACCCAGAGGCCGUGGGAGCCGGCGGCGCACCUGUCUCUGCCUGUGUCCACCCCGCUUGUCAGCGUCUGCCUUCAGUGUCCCCUCUAUGAGUCUGUGUCUGGGCCGGUCUGCAGCAGCCACCUGGUGCCUUAGUCCAUGGACUGGGGGAGGGGUCCUAGGCCUCCACCCCUAGAGCGGGAGGGAAGCUCUGGUGGGGUGGACCGGCCUGGAGGAGAUUAAAAGAGACACAGAACUUG